ACAGAAAAUUUAAUUUGCUUGUAAAGAAGGAAGUUUAUUUCCUUCUCUCAAGUAGUCAAGUUCUCUGUAAUAGUCACUCUUUGGAGUUUGGAGCCAUGUCUAGGCAUAGGAAUGGCUUUGAACAACUGGAUGGUGAAUCUUCUGACACUGAUAUGAACCUUGAAGACAAUGAGAGCUCAGCAUUGACAGGGAAGAAGAAACGGUAUUUGGUGAAUGACGAAGAAGGGCCUCUCUGCUCCCCUGGUAGUCUAAAGCUCUCAAAACGUGAACUUAUUUGCAUACUAAUAGGAGGAAUCAUAAUUAUUGUAGCCGCUAUUGUAUUUGUGAUUAUAGCAGUUGUUCUCUCCAGAUCAUCCGGUAAUGGAUCCCCCGGGGGGUCUGACGACAAGCCAUGGACUAAUGUACGUCUCCCUAAGACCCUCACCCCUGCAUUGUACAGGGUCUCACUGGAUACUGAUCUAAACACAUUUCGUGUCAAUGGCUUCGUCUCGGUUGAUAUAUCAGUGAACCAAUCAACAGACCUGGUGAUAUUUCAUGCUAAAGAUAUGACUCUUAACACUGUUAGUCUUACAAAGGGGGUGAGGGGUGAUCAGUUAGGCAUAUCGAGACAAUUCUUUUAUUCUGAUAACGAUUUCUAUGUCAUUCAACUAGCCGAUAGCCUAGAUACCAAUGACAACCUUCAACUCAACAUAUCUUUCAAUUACACGCUACGUGAUGACUUGGUUGGGUUUUAUAAAAGCUCCUACUCACUUGCCGAUAAUGAAGUUCAUUACUUGGCAACUACUCAGUUCGAACCAACUGACGCUAGGAGAGCCUUUCCCUGCUUUGAUGAACCAGCAAUGAAAGCUAAUUUCUCCAUUGAACUCACACAUGCCAAUAGAUACAAUGCAGUGUCUAAUAUGCCAGUUGCACGGAGAGUGUCUAAAGCUAACGAUAAGGCUACCACUAGUUUCAAUACCUCUUACAAGAUGAGCACUUACCUUGUGGCUUUUGUCAUAUCGGAUUUCAACUGCAGUGACUCACAAACUGUCAAUGGUCACAUUCAGGUGAGGGUAUGUGCCAGACCUGAUGUAUUCAGUGACACUUCAUAUGCUCUCUCAGUUGGUAAGAGCGUCAUUGGGUACUAUGAAGAAUUCUUUGGAGUACAGUAUCCAUUACCCAAGCAAGAUUUAUUUGCUAUUCCUGAUUUUGCUGUUGGUGCCAUGGAGAACUGGGGCCUGAUAACAUACAGGGAGACAGCAUUGCUGUACAAUUCAACACAGAACCCAGCUGUUAAUAAACAAAGAGUUGCUGUUGUUGUAGCUCAUGAACUAGCUCAUCAGUGGUUUGGUAACCUUGUUACCAUGAGCUGGUGGGAUGGUCUCUGGCUUAAUGAAGGUUUUGCUAGCUACGUAGAGUAUAUUGGCACUGAUCAUGUUCAGCCUGACUGGAUGAUGUUGGAGCAGUUUUUUAUAGAUACAGUUCAAACGGCUUAUGAUGCUGAUGGUUUAAAUUGGAGUCAUCCAAUUAUACAGCAAGUGAAUAAUCCAGAUGAAAUCAAUGGACUGUUUGACUCAAUCUCUUAUGAUAAAGGUGCUAGUUUGAUACAAAUGUUGAGAGGUUAUAUUGGCAAUGAAUCAUUCACCAAUGGACUCACACUUUAUUUGAAAAACAACAAGUUCGGAAACACUGAGACAUAUGAGCUCUGGGAUGCACUAAAUGAAGUGUCAUCCAGUGACGUCAGUGUAUCACAAAUGAUGGAUACUUGGACCAAACAAAUGGGAUAUCCUGUUGUUACUGUCUCCGCUAGUGACAAUAAUAGAGCUACUGUCAGUCAGAAACGAUUCUUUCAAAUACCACUACCAGAGGGAGAACAGCCAGCAGCAUCACCAUACAAUUACGUUUGGAUAAUACCAUUUGAUUAUAUAACUGAGAAUGGUAACAGUGUCACAAAGAAACUUGUAUCGAACCAACAAGACACCAUUACUUGGGACUCAUCAAAUGAUGGUUUUAUUAAAGCUAACGCUAAUCAGACUGGUUUCUAUCGUGUCAAUUAUGAUGUUGGGAACUGGCAGAGUAUCACCGCACACUUGAUGACACCACCCAACAACAGACCACAAAUAUUAAGUGCUGUAGACAGAGCUGGGUUGCUUGAAGAUGCCUUUUCUCUAUCAACCUCUGGUCUCCUCAAUAUAACUGUUGCUCUUAAUUUAAGUCGCUAUCUUGUCAAUGAAGAGGAUUAUGCUCCCUGGAUGACUGCUCUUAGAUGGUUCUCAAUCUUUUCUGAUAAACUAUCAACAAACGGGCAAUAUGGAAAUUUUAAAAGAUAUGUAUCUUCUUUAAUGGGUAAUAUUACUAGAAAACUAUCAUUCAAUAAAACUGGACUCAGUCACCUCCAAAUAUUGCUACGUACUUAUGUCUUAUUGUCUGGUUACAAAUAUGGAGACAUUUCAAUUGCUGAUACUAGCCUGACCAUGUUUAGGAACUGGAUGACUGAUGGUAUCAGCGUUCCUCCUGAUCUUCGUUUGGUUGUGUAUCGGGUAGCCAUUGCUGCUGGAGGAGAGACCGAGUGGAACUACUUGUGGUCCUGGUACAAGAACACCACUAAUCCUUAUGAGAAGCAAAUAUGUCUGUCAGCUUUAGCUCAGUCUAAAGAAUAUUGGAUACUGAGCAGAUAUUUAGAAUAUUCCAUGAGUCAAGUAAGAUCACAGGACACACUGUAUGUGAUAAGGAGUGUUGCAAGGAAUGUAAAUGGACGAUAUUUAGCUUGGAACUUUGUUAGAGACAAUUAUGAUACCAUAUUUAAGAAAUAUGGUGGAGGUUCAUUCUCAUUUUCAAGACUAAUACGGAGUAUUACAGGCUCCUUUGCUACUAGUUGGGAACUACAGGAGGUUGAGUCUUUCUUUGGUAAAGUUGAUGUUGGUUCAGCUUCUCUUGCCCUCCAGCAAUCUAAAGAGAUUGUGAGGGGGAACAUUGCCUGGUUGGACAACAAUGAGUCUGUCAUUGGGGAAUGGAUGAAUGAGUAUCUCUCGGGAGCAAUGUCUGCUUGAACAAUGCUGCUGCUAUAAUUUUGUAUAAAAUCUUUUUAUUAAUAAUAAUUGGAUCCACAAUAAGAACUCUGGUCAUAAUAAUUGCCAUGAUAAUAUAAUAAUUAGUUUUACUUCAUUUAUCUUAACACACUCUAGUUUAGUCAAUGAAUAUAUUUAAAUUGUGUGUUAGUUUGUCAAAAGGAUCGUUAUUCACUGCA